ACCAGGUCCCUCUGGGAAGCCACCCAACCAGGAGGUGGUGAAGGCAAACCCCUUCCCUUGCUGCUGCUGCUGCUGCUCCCUUGCAGUGGGUAUUCAGAGGCCUGGAGCCACCAAACUAAUGGCAUGCAUGCACACCAGGCUGCCGUGCCUAGCUAGCAACUCCCACCUGGCAGCCGGAAAGGCUGGAAGGCCCCUAAGAGAUGGGGAAGGAGGACACCGAGCGACCCUCUGAUGUUUCCAAACAGACAAGGCUGGGGAGGGUGCAAGUUUGGGCAGGGCGCCCCAGGAGUGGGUGGUUAGGCACCGCCUGGCAGGGGUGUCUCCUGCUGCUGCUGCUGAACGUCUGCUUUAUGCAAACCGGGGAGGUGGGGAGGGAGGCAAGUGCAUUCCUCAAGCGGACCAGAGUCCAGGCCAAGCAAGCGUAGAGGAGGGACCUCAGAGCAGCCAUGAGCUACAUCAUCCGGCCUUGGGCCACCAAAGACCUGAAGGAUAUCAUGCGGCUGAUCAAGGAAUGCGCAGCUUUUCACAAAGCCUUGGACCAGGUGAAAACCGACCCAGAAAUGCUCAGAAAGGAUGGGUUUGGGAAAGAGGCCACCUUUGGAUGCCUGGUAGCUGAGGUGCCCCCAGGACAGAAGAGCAAAGAGGGUCACACUAUUAUUGGGUACCAGUUCCAUUAUUUGACCUACUGCACGUGGGACGGCCCAGUUCUCUUUGGCGAAGAUCUCUACGUGGUACCAGAUUUCAGAGGCAAAGGUGUUGGCACAAGCCUGAUGAAUAAAGUGGCCAAGGUUGCGCUGGAGAAAGGCUGCUCCCAGUUCCGGUUCAUCUCGGCCAGCUGGAACCAGCCAGCGAUGGAUUUCUACAGCAAGUUGGGCGCUCUGAAUGUCACCAGCACCGACCACUGGAACCUCAUCCAUCUCGACAGCGAGCACAUUCGGAAGCUGGUGGAGCAACCCCAGAAAUAGAGGUGGCCCAGGUCUUGCAAGGGGGCCACCCCACCAGGACGGAGCUCUGCCUCUCAGGCCCCCUUGACCCCCCCCCCCCAUCUCCUCCUGUGCCUCCAUGUUUCCCACCAUGGAAGCAAUUAGUCCUCUGGAGUUUCAGGCAUUCUUCCCAGAAACGGCAUGCAUUCCUAGGGCUGCUUGGAAGAGUGCGGGGCAGCGGGGAGGACCACCCUCUGCCAGCCAUUCAUGUUAUGACAUCUCCCUGUCCCAAUGCUUGAAUUUCAAGGGGGGCAGGCAAACCCCCAGCUCCUUCCCUCCCUCACAAUGCAAGCCCUGCCCUCCCUGACCCCUCCUAGAGAAACCAGGAGUCUUGACUCCUUUGCUUCCCCUUCUCUCGCCUUUCAAAAUGCAUCCCUGCCACCCUGCCGAGAACCCAACUGUAUGCCCUGACUCCCCUCCUCACCCCACUCAAAGAAACCCAGAAGUUUUGGAUCGGAACCUGUUCCCAUUUUGCAGGUCCCUGUUAUUUCCUGGGAAAACUUGAAUGCAGGGGUGCUCAACCUUGGGUCCCCAGAUGGAGUUGGACUAGCAGUCCCAGGGAGUUGUAGUCCAACCACACCUGGGGACCCAAGGUCAAACACUUUUGCUUGGAGGCAUUAAUUCCAAGCAGGUACCCUCCUCCAGCUAAUCCUCUGGACACACUGAAAGACCGGCUAUUGAAAUGCAUUGGUUUCCUCCAAAGGCCCAUUGAAAUGCAUUGGAUUUAAGAAUUACCAUUCAAAUGCAUAGAGCCCUGGGUGACUGGUUGGUUACACUUUUUUAAAAAAAGGUCUAUAAAUAGCCAAAGGAAAAACAGCCUCAGAAUAAAUAGGUGGUUGUUAGUCCCCGAUGCAGCUCACAGGCCUUUCUGAAAAGCCUCCUCACUCAGAAUGACCAUUCCAGUUGUGAUGGGUAACUGGAUUCUGCACCCUGCCCUUGGGACUCAGAAUAAAGCUGCAAAAAUAACAGGGCUUCCUUGCUGGUGGCAUCUGGCCGCCUGUUCAAGUCCCGCUUCUCCAUUUUAUUGCUUUCCCAUUCCAAAAGCAUUGCAUUCAGUCGAAUAAAUCAAAAUCACCAUGCAAAAAAGCAUGAAAAUGCAAUAAAAAAUCAAUUUAAUUUCUAUGAAAGGUUGAACAAUGUCAAGCUGCCCAGAACGCAGCACCCAAAGGUGGAGAGCCGGGUGCCCUUGCCUUGUCUAGAACCCAGAGGUGACUUCCACUGAACCAGGCAUUCAGAAGGAGCGGGUGCAUUUCCAUAGCCAGCUCUUCCUGGUCUGGGGUGUCCCCUCAUUCUGGAAGGACCCUCCCCAAAUGUUAUGCAGUUAACUUUCCCCCCAACUUGUCAUGCUAUUAUAUAGAUGGGUUUCUUGCACUGAUAUGUUUCCUAAGGUAGAGUUCCCACAUUGGAAUCCCAGAUAUUGUUGGACUAUAGCUCCCAUUAUCCCCCACCACAGUUGCGGCAGGGGAUAGUGGGAUUUGUGAUCCAACAUCUGGGGACCCAAGUUUUGGAAACCCCAUCCUAAUGCAAUGAAAGGUUCAGACCAACCUUUGAAAGAUGAGAAAGAAAGAGAGCAUUAUGCAUGACAAAAUGCUUUUGUGAGCCCCUUUUGAUUUUUUAUAAAAAUGCACCUUAAGGGAGGGGAGAAGCACCCAUCUGUAUUGCAGUCCCAAUACAAAUAUAAGAAAUAAAGAUAAGAAUCUCCUCCUCGGAUCCCAGACUCUAUAAAGGGACCAACAUCCACCUUUCCGUGACUGGCAGAGGAUCAAUCCACUUUAGGGAUUGCGUAUCCGUUGGCUGCCCAGGAUACCUGUCAGCUCUCCGAAUUUUUCAAUGCAGGACACCCAAGUGAGUGGAGGAGGGGGGCAGUGUUGGAGAGGCAGACCACACACACACACACACAAUCACACACACUCCCUCCCUCUCUCCCUCCCUCCCCAAUGUUACUGCUGAGUUUAUGAUUGUUCCAGGGAUUAUGUUGUUCUUUGGACCGAUGGUUAUGUUUAUUGAUUGCCUUUGAUAUUGUUGUCUUAUCAGCUGCACUGCGUUUCCUUCUGAGCAGCAUGGAAAUAAAUUCAUACACAGAAAUGAAAUGUC